AUGGACUUAGAGAUGGCAUCCUGGAAGUCCACAGGCACUUACAUCUACGAGGUUCCCCCACCUGGGGUGAACAUCGUCAAUGGCAUGUGGAUCUUUACAGUGAAACGGCCGCCGAGUUCUCCGCCUGUCUUCAAGGCGUGUUACGUUGUACAAGGCUUUAGUCAGCGACAGGGAGUUGACUUCUUCCAGACCUUCUCCCCUACACCGAAGAUGACCACUCUUCGGGUUCUGCUGCACGUCGCUGCUCAGCGUGACUACGAGCUUCACUCUCUUGACUUCAGCACUGCUUUCCUACAGGGCAGCCUGCACGAGGAGAUCUGGCUGCGCCGCCCACCCCGCUUCACCGGGUCUUUUCCUGCAGGUUCCCAGUGGAGCCUCCGGCGGCCAGUCUAUAGUCUCCACCUGGCGCCUCGUGAGUGGCACGACACACUGCGGAGGACACUUGCGGCUCUUGGGUUUGCUCCUGUGACUGCUGACCCGUCGCUGUUUCUCCUCACCGACACUUCGCUACCGCCAUUCUACAUCUUCGUGUACGUUGAUGACUUGGUCUUCGCCACUGCUGACAUUGAGAGACUCGCCCACGUGAAGUCAGAGCUGCAGAAGAGACACACAUGCACAGACCUGGCUCCACCUUCGGACGAGUCCGUAGAGCCGAGUGGCCCGUAUCCAGAGCUUGUGGGCUGCCUCAUGUACCUGAUGACCUGCACUCAACCUGACCUCGCCUACCCUCUUAGCAUCCUGGCACGCUACGUUGCGUCCGGGAGACACUGA